AGUGGAGUCUCCAUGGCGACUGGCCCAGCCGUCUAUUAUAUCCAACAUAGUCCUCAUGAAAGGACAGGGAAAGGGACUGGGGUUCAGCAUCGUCGGAGGUCAGGACUCUGCCCGAGGAAGGAUGGGGAUCUUUGUCAAGACUAUCUUCCCUAACGGAGCAGCGAUCGCAGACGGACGACUGAAAGAGGGAGAUGAGAUUCUGGAGGUGAAUGGAGACUCUCUCCAGGGCCUGACCCACCAGCAGGCCAUCCAGACCUUCAAGCAACUGAAAAAGGGUGUGGUGACUCUAACAGUACGGACACGUCUCCGAAGCCCCAGCCUGACGCCAUGCCCCACCCCCACCCUUCUCAGCCGCUCCUCCUCCCCGAACUCCAACGCCAGCGGGGGCAACCCCACCCCAGUACCCACCACCUUCGCCGAACCCCCCGAAGCCCGCAAGGGACCCCCAGGUCCUGGCCCCAAAGACCGCAUCAUCAUGGAGGUUACACUCAACAAAGGUACCAGAGAAAGUAGGGUUGAACGGAGUGGGGUAUCUUUCACUUUAGCUGUUUAUCUCAGUUCAGUCGGUGUGUUAGAUUGGGCUUUUGUUGAUUUGAGAUGACAUUAGUUUAGUAAGAUAUUAAAUACUCCGUUAGAUCUAUUCUUUACUAUUCUGACUGUCUAAACUAUUCCAAGUGGCAAUGGUAAAGAGUGGUGUCAGGAGAUGCUAUGGGCCGACAGUAUAGUAGCCACACUCCAAAAUCCUCUCACCAACUCACUGUCCUGCCAGGGUUCAAACCUGUCCUGCCAGGGUAAGAACCUGUCCUACCAGGGUCAAAACCUGUCCUGCCAUGGUUCAAACCUGUCCUGCCAGGGUAAGAACCUGUUAGUCUUGGAACACAGCAGAUAACAUUUGAUAAAUAAGAGUGUGUCCUACCAGGGUUAACACCUGCCCUGCCAGGUUCAAAACCUGGCCUACCAGGGUCCAAACCUGU